CUAUUAGUAUAUUCAUCACUCUUCCCCCUUCCACAGAAACCCAUGUCACAGCAGGGCUUCUUCCUCUUACUACUCUCUCUGUUCAUCGCUCUGUUUUGCAACCGCCACAAAGCAAGAGCAGAGGAUGCUGGCAAUGCAACCAUUAUUGCAAAGAAGCUUGGUGGAAGGUGUAACUGGUUCCGUGGGAAAUGGGUCUACGACGCUUCAUAUCCUCUCUACAAUCCUUCCACGUGUCCCUUCAUAGAUCCUCAAUUCAAUUGCCAGAAGUAUGGUCGACCUGAUAAACAGUACCAGAGAUAUAGAUGGCAACCCUUCUCUUGUUCCUUACCCAGGUUUAAUGCAAUGGAUUUUCUAACAAGAUACAGAGGGAAGAAGAUAAUGUUUGUGGGAGAUUCAUUGAGCUUGAACCAGUUCAAUUCACUGGCAUGUAUGAUUCACUCUUGGGUUCCAAACACAAGAACAUCUUUCACAAAGAACAGUGCUCUCUCCACAAUCACAUUCCAGGAUUAUGGGCUGCAAUUGUUUCUGUACCGUACACCAUACUUGGUAGACCUUGACCGUGAGAGGGUUGGGAGGGUUUUGAAGCUUGACUCGAUAAAGAGCGGUGAUGCUUGGAGAGGAAUGGACGUCCUUGUUUUCAACACGUGGCACUGGUGGACCCACACUGGCAAUGCACAGCCGUGGGAUUAUAUUCAAGACCGUGGCAAGUUGUACAAAGACAUGAACCGAUUUAUUGCAUAUUACAAGGGCCUAACAACUUGGGCCAGAUGGGUUAACCUUAAUGUCAACCCAGCCCAGACCAAGGUCUUCUUCUUGGGAAUUUCCCCUGUCCAUUACGAGGGGAGAGAUUGGAACCAGCCUGCAAAAUCAUGCAUGAGCCAAACAGAACCAUUCUUUGGGUUAAAGUACCCAGCAGGAACACCAAUGGCUUGGGUUGUGGUCAACAAAGUUCUAAGUAGGAUCAAGAAGCCAGUGUUCUUUCUUGAUGUAACUACUCUCUCACAGUACAGAAAAGAUGCACACCCUGAGGGUUACAGUGGUGUUAUGGCCACUGAUUGCAGCCAUUGGUGCCUCCCAGGGCUUCCUGAUACUUGGAAUGUGCUUCUUCAUGCUGCUCUUUUUGCUUGACCACAAUUUCAUUCUUUCAAUCACUCAUCACAAAUAUAGUCACUUUACAAGUUUGUUUUGUUAGUGUUAGGGGCCAAAAGGAUAACCAAAUUGGUUUCUAGUUUCUACUUUAGGAGAUAAUUUAGUUUUAUUUUGCAUUAUUGUGGUUCUUGUAAUUUGAAAAAUAAUAAGAGGGUUGGUUGGUUGGUUUGAUAUUA